UAUAUUGGUUUAUAAAUUUUGAUUAACUUUAUGCAAUAGAGUUCAUUGUUUUAUAUGUUGAUCGAUCUCAUGAACUGUAAAAGUUAAGUUUGCUUUCGAAAUUAGUGUUUGCAACCUUUAUUGCUUAGCUGUUUCGUGAUCUCCUUGUUUAAGAGUUCAGUUAAGGCUAAUCGGUUAAUUUUACCGACCUUUGAAGUUUGAAGGAUUUUCUUUAUUGUAUUCGAUUUGAGCUCGAUCACAUGCGUGGUCCUCGACACUUUUUGAUUGGUUCGAGGUCAAAAUUCAGUGGGAGUUUAAUUUUGUAACUUCCAGGAUUAAUUUACUAAUACGCGUUCUUAAUCCUAGUAAUUUUUUUAGUCUUGGUCUGUAUUGGUUGUAUUCUAUUAGCUAGCUGAGUAGCAAUUAGGGUUUUGGUUAUAGUAUAAAAAAUUUAGCUGUUUUGCUUAUUAAGGAUUAAUUUGGGUAUAAUUGCUUAUCUCUUCAUAGCUUGUAGUUUUGUUUAGUUUAUCUAGGGGAGAUGCUGUCAAUUUUUGUAGCUUUUUUUUUUUUUGGUUCAACUUAUUUUAUUCUAUUGCUAACUUUGUUGUUUGCCUUUUCUAUUGAACCUUGUUUAGAUCCGUACAACAAAUUUGUCGAAAGCUCAAAGAUAUCAUAAACAUUGCACUUAUAUGGUCACGCAAGAGGUUGUAGAUUUGUGAUAACAUUGAGUUAGUUGAUGUCAGUAGUGAAUCAGGGGUUCAGAUUUCGUUUCUCCUUGGUUGGUGUUGUGUAAAAACUUAUAUAAUUCUGUUGUAACUGUGAUCUGUUUUUUGGGCUUUUUUUCUUUUAUUUGCAUGGUUUUUAUAUUUUUUUAUGAUAUUGAGGGAGUUGAGGAACAAAAUUAUUAUUGAGAGUAAUAGUCAGGCGUGGCUCUGGAGAGCUAUUUUGACUCUAGCCACCGGCAGGUGGUGCCCCCUAUGACACCAUCUCGGGUGACUGGAGGGUUGACCCAGUCUUCCUCAAGUUCUGGAAUUUUCUUCCAAGGAGAUGGGAAAUCCCAGGCUGUAGCUAACUCUCACUUGAGCACAUCAUAUGGGAACUCAUCUAAUUCUAUUCCUGGGACUGGAAAUCCCAAUUUGGGUUCGGCUUCUGGGGAUAUGAAUAAUGCGGUAUUGAACAGUGUGGCAAACUCUGGACCAAGUGUUGGGGCGAGUUCUUUGGUCACAGAUGCAAACUCAGCUCUUUCAGGAGGCCCCCAUUUGCAGAGAAGUGUGAGCAUUAAUGGAGAAUCCUAUAUGCGCUUACCUGCAUCACCCAUGUCGUUUUCGUCUAAUAAUAUUAGUAUUUCGGGUUCAUCAGUUGUUGAUGGGUCCUCUGUAGUGCAGCAGGGCUCUCAUCGAGACCUGAGUGCCCAGCAAGUGCUGCAGAGUCAGCAGCAAGGGGCAUCAAGUGCUACAUCUUUGCCCACAUCACAAACUGGCCAAGUUUCUCUUCCCAUGGGUUCUUGGGUACCUGGAUCCUUCGUUCAGGACCCUAAUAACCUAUCCCAGGUGCAGAAGAAACCACGAUUGGAUAUCAAGCAAGAGGACAAUGUGCAGCAGCAGGUGUUUCAGCAGCUGCUGCAGAGACAGGAUUCCAUGCAGUUACAAGGUCGUAACCAGCAGUUACAGGCUUUUCUGCAGCAGCAGCAGCAGCAGCAGAGGCUGAGGCAACAGCAGCAGAUUCUACAGUCUAUGCCACCUUUGCAAAGGGCCCAAUUGCAGCAGCAGCAGCAGCAGCAGCAGCAGAUGCAGUUUAGGCAGCAAAUGCUGCAACAGGGAAUGCAAUCUUUAAAUGCAAUGAAGCUCCCUUAUGAUAGUGGUGUAUGUGCUCGUCGGCUAAUGCAAUACUUAUAUCAUCAGCGACAACGGCCUUCUGAAAAUACUAUUGCAUACUGGAGGAAGUUUGUGACAGAGUACUAUUCGCCUCGUGCAAAGAAAAGGUGGUGCUUGUCAUUGUAUGAUAAUGUUGGACAUCAUUCACUUGGUGUCUUUCCCCAAGCAGCUAUGGAUGCAUGGAAGUGCGACAUAUGUGGAUCAAAAUCUGGGAGGGGAUCUGAGGCAACUUUUGAAGUGCUACCUAGGCUGAAUGAAAUUAAAUUUAGCAGUGGUGUCAUUGAUGAGCUUAUGUUUUUGGACUUGCCACGCGAGUGUCGAUUUCCUUCUGGAAUAAUGAUGUUGGAGUAUGGAAAAGCAGUUCAAGAGAGUGUGUAUGAGCAGCUUCGUGUUGUUCGUGAGGGUCAGCUUCGUAUUAUAUUCACCCAUGACCUCAAGAUAUUGUCAUGGGAAUUUUGUGCUCGCCGGCAUGAAGAACUUCUUCCUCGAAGAUUGGUUGUGCCACAGGUCAGCCAAUUGGUUCAAGUUGCCCAAAAAUGUCAGAGCACAAUUUCUGAAGGUGGAGCUGAUGGGAUAUCUCAGCAGGACUUGCAAACAAACAGCAAUAUGGUCCUGACAGCUGGGCGUCAGCUUGCAAAGAGCUUGGAGCUCCAGUCCUUGAAUGACUUGGGAUUUUCUAAAAGAUAUGUGAGGUGUUUGCAGAUCUCUGAGGUUGUCAGCAGCAUGAAAGAUUUGAUAGAUUUCUGUCAUGAGCAAAAAUUUGGGCCAAUUGAGGGCUUGAAAAAUUAUCCUCGGCAUGCAUCUAUGUCUAAGAUCCAGAUGCAAAAGAUGCAGGAAGUGGAGCAACUGGCAAGUGCUCAGGGUUUGCCAGCAGACAGAAACAGCCUCAAUAAGUUGUUGGCAUUGCAGCCUGGAAUAAACAACAGUAUGAGCAAUAACCAUCACAUGGUUGGUCGAGGAGCUUUAAGUGGUUCAGCACAGGCUGCUUUGGCACUUACUAAAUACCAGAAUCUCCUCAUCAGGCAGAACUCAAUAAAUUCAAACUCUAACUUGCAUCAACAGGAGCCAUCUUCUUCAUUUCAUAUUUCUAACCAGAGUCCGUCUUCAAGCUUCCAAGGGCCUUCUCCAUACAUGCAGGACUCCCUGCAGAACUUACCUGUUAGUGGCUUUUCUAGUCCCCAUCUACCUCCACAACAGCCACAUCAGCUGCAGCAACGUUCACUGAGUUCAAAUAACAUACUGCAACAGAACCAUUCACAGCCCUCUCAAGGUAACCCGGCCUUACAGUUACAGCAGCAGCAGCAGAUGAUCCAGCAAUAUCUGCAGGAGAUGUCUAACAACUGUGGGACCGGACUGCCUCCGCAAUCUCAUACUGGGCAGGCAAAUGGGAUAAUGGGAAGGAGUGGAUUAGGAUUCAGAGGCAGCUCUCCAGCAGCAACUGCAGCCACCUCCAAUGUGUCAGGAGGUGUUGCAGGGCCUCCAAGCCGGAGCGACAGUUUCAAAGGUGCUUCAAACAGUGAGUCAUCAGCAGCCGGUGGCGGUGGUGGGAAUAACGGAAUUAAUCAGAGAGCACAGGAUUUGCCUCAGAAUCUUCAUUUGCAGGAUAAUAUAGUUGAUGAUAUAGCCCGAGAAUUCACAGAAAAUGAGUUUUUUAAUAAUGAGCUUGACGAAACUAUGGGUUAUGGAUGGAAGGCAUGACUAACCAAAACCCUAGCUCAAUUAUUGGCUUCUGUGUUGGGCAUAUAUCAUUGUAGUUUGUACAGAAUAUUUGGACAUCAUGCGCUUGUGCUCCAUUAGAUUAUUUAGUGAUUUUUUUUUCA